AGGACCCGGAUGUUGCCGCGGAGGAGGGUCAGUUGCAGUUCCGGGUCUGCUGCGAGAUGGAUUUGGGGGCAGCGCAAGAGGGGAAUCCGCCCCUGGAGCGGGAAGGGGUCCAGUUCCUUCAGCAGACAGUGGGCUCACUUUUUGCAGACUAUGGGUGGUACAUCCUCCUCAGCUCCGUUGCGAUCUAUUUGCUUAUACAAAAGCUCUCACGAAGCUUUCGAGGCAAGAGGCAGCCCCGCUUGGAUGCAGCAGCUGUUGAACCCGAUGCUGUGGUGAGACGACAGGAAGCUCUGCUCGCAGCCCGUCUGCGCAUGCAAGAAGAGUUGAACGAGCAAGCGGAAAAAUUCAAAGAAAAACAGAAGAAGGCUGAAGAAGAGAAGAGAAGGCAGAAGAUUGUCAUGUGGGAAAGCAUGCAGGAAGGCAAAAGUUAUAAGGAGACCCUGAAACAGAAUCAGCAGGAACCUGAGCCUGGAGCAUCUGCAGCGGCUGCUGCCCCAAAGCCAAAACCCAACAGGAAACCUUUGCGAGGUGCUGGUUACAACCCCCUCUCUGGAGAAGGUGGUGGGACUUGCUCGUGGAGACCAGGGCGCCGCGGGCCAUCCUCGGGUGGAUGAGGCUAAUUCUGCCGGUGCUGUCCAUCGACACCGGCAGGCAUUAACUUAACUCCACAACUGUGGCUGUCUGUGGGCUGCUUGGCACAGGGACUUUGGGUGGGGGGCUGUUUUUAGCACUGUAAGAGCAUCAAAUAUGUGUGAAUUGAAGGGUGGGAUUCAGCUACUGAAUCCUGUCUGCAGAAGCCUUGAGCAGGCACUUUAGUUUGCAAAUUGGGGCAUUCCUCCCUCUCUUCCCUCCUUGCGCCCCUUGGAAUUGGCUAGGGGGAUCAGGAGAACCGUAGGAACAGCGCAUGUGGGGG